GCCGCUAUCAACGCUGUUACUGCUGCUGCCAGGAGGGGGAGAAAUACACUGCGGUAAGGAACACUACUAGGCCCCAUAGGCCCGCCAGUCUAGUGUAUAAAACACUCAGACAGUCCAAGUGUGCACGAAAGAUGCUGCUGGCGAGAGAAUGUUCCACACCAUGAAAGCCGAUAUUAUUGCAGUUUAAACUGACGGUGUGCCGCGUAGAACCUCCGCGGCGACUCAACUGUAGUCGUCUUUUUUUGGUUCCUGCUGGACAUCGCCGAAGGUGUACUCCUUACAAAACUCGUUUAUAUCAAACAACGUAAAAAAACGAUCUUCGGGUGUUUCGAAUGUGCAAGAAUGGACAUUAAAGGGCUUUUAGAGACAAACGAUGUUCGUGAGGAACACACUUUUUCCAGUGAAGCUGAAACGGUGCCAGACACACCAGCGAAACAUAAUCCAUCAAAACGGAAACGCAGCGAGGAAAAACCAGCUGCCUCAUCGAAUACUGCAGUUAUGUCGGCCGCGACAAAACGACCCUCAGCAUCGCUUCGCUUUGAACCAUCGUUCUUGGGCACGACGAAGAUGUCGGGACUUGUCCGAGUGAUUGGUAAUUUUUUACAGCAUUACCUCUUAAAUGACACGGUGGGAGUUAUGGAGAUUGAAGCUAAGGUGGGCAACAUUAUUGAUCCUCAGACAAACAAACGACUCGUGCUUCCUGUUCUCAGCGAGUGCGUUCUGAAUCCAGAGUUUGCUCCGAGUGUGAAUUUCCGAAGCGAUAUGACUCAGUCGGAACACAAGCACUACAAUGACUUUUUAAAUACGGCGUUUGUUAACGCCCAGCGACCAGGCCGUGCCCCAAUGAAGUACAAACAUACAAAGGAAAUCGACAAAUUUUUCGAGAAAGCUUCUCAUGGAAAGGUCCGUGUUUCGCGAAAUGUCGCCGACAACACGCUUAUGGCCUGUAUCGAAAAGCGCCGGAUAGCAGACUUGUUCGUUUACUGUCCAAACAACCAUUUCGACUUUCGAAUCAGCAUCAGCGAUGAAAUUCCGGUGCCGUUGCCCAAGGACGAAAGCAAACCGUCGUUUUCACGCGAAAAGGACCGUGUUGGAUAUGUGCACCAAGAUAUCCACAUCGAUCUUACGCAAACAUAUCAAAAAAACGCACGCUCAGGAACAACAAGCAAGCGUCACGAACUCGAGGUUGAGUUUGGAAACACGCCCAAACUUAGAGAGUAUGCGGAAAGCGCCAGAAACGGUUCUCCCCUUGCUUGGGAACGCGUGCUGAAUCUCUUCGUGGAAAAUAUUCGCAUUCUUUUGCUACAAACUGCCUAAAAAAGGGCGAUUGCAGCUUUUCUGUAAUUGUAAUGGAACAUAGAAUGCCACGAAGACCACGAUUGUUUCUACAACCUUACUUUCCAGUGCUGCCAAAACCACCGGCACCACGGACAGUGUCUUCAAUAUCGCUGACCUCGACCACAGGAGGCGUCAUAAUGCGCUCGAGAACGAGCUGUGCGACUCGGUCUCCCGGAGAAACAACAUAGUCUUCAUCACUAUGGUUGAACAGCAAGACACGGAGAUGUCCACGGUAGUCGCUAUCCACGACACCGGCACCAGUAUCGAUAAAGUGCUUAAACGCGAGGCCGCUGCGAGGAGCAAUUCUUCCGUACGUGUUUUCGGGCACAGCAAUGAUCAAAUCUGUCUCUACGAGUCCUUUUCCGUGUUUGGGAAUAAUUGUUUCGCGUGCUGCAUACAAAUCAUAACCAGCAGCAUGCUCCGAGCCUCUGGUAGGUAUGGUAGCCUUGUCGGAAAGACGUUUGACCAAAAAAGACAUGACAAAAAGUUGAUUUUCUUACACGAACGAGGAAGAAUAAUUGUUGGUAAAGGAAGAGUUGGGCGACAUGGUUGGUACGCGUUAUCCCCCAUGCACGCGUUUUGACGCGUACGCGAUUGAAUUAAGUGAGCCAGUGACAGAAUGCCCUCCUAUCGCUAUCAAGACUUUUAAUGAAAACACGGCACGCGUAGUAAACAAACAAACAAAACGAAGAAACACUUGUUAACAAAACUAUCGACUUACUGUAACGGCCGCCUCAAAUAACAAUUUCGCACUCGGCUCAUCAUAGAAUACGAAACACAA